UUGUAUUUACCUAAUAGCCCCCUAUUUCUCGCAGUGGCGAACUGAACGCACUUAAAGUGAUUUUCAGCCAAACAAAUUGCGCCGCGAUAUGCGAUGGUCAAUCAUGGAUCGUGGCAUUUAAGAGACUAUAUAUAUGUUUUUAUUUUUAAUGUCUUUCAACUUGGACCCCUUCUUCGCAAGCCCCUGCGAAUCGAUGACGUCAGGCGUCGGGAAGGUAGCAUUGUGUAAACCCUGCGGAGUGGUGCAAUUUGUGGGCACGCGCAACGUCAUCGGUUGACCACAUCCCUGCCAGAGUUGAAGUUCCACUCGGCCGCUUUCCACUGAAGCGCAUAAUCUCGCGGAAAUCAAUUUCCCCCCGAAAAAAUCAAAAUCGAUGGCUAUAUAAAUAGACGGUAAGUGCGACAUUUCACGCUUAGUAUGCGAGAAUCGGGCGAUCGAAGGGUUUCAAUCAUAAGUUAUAGAUAAGUCGCCGGCGGUUGAUAAAAAGAGAGAUAUGAAGAAGCGACGCAUAACCAGCACAGCUGGAGAUGCCAACGGAUUUGGCGUUGGACCAAAAGCACGGACUUCAACUCGCUGGCGCUUCCGCAUUGCGUUGCGAAGAGAGGCACGCGUCGGCCAGGCGGUGCGGCAACUCAAAGAUUUGUUGCCACUGGUGGCGCUAAUUGCUGGAUGCGGAAUGAUCGGGGCAUGCGCAGCGGUUGGCUACUCAUAUGCGCGAUUCGAGGGUCCGGUGGUGGGGCCGGAGCAUCUGGUCACCGUCCACGACGGACGCACCGUGGACUAUGUGGCCCGUCCCGAGUACAGCUUCGCCUAUGGAGUCGAGGAUGGCAAGACGCGCGUGCUGCAGAAUCGCAAGGAGACGCGCAACGGGGACGAGGUGAGAGGAGUGUACAGCGUAGUCGAUCCGGAUGGCACCUUGCGUGUGGUUAAAUACACGGCUGACGAUGCCAACGGCUUCCAAGCCGAGGUCAUUACCAACGGUGUGAAGACUCUGCACGGCCACGGAUCGGACGGGGAUGCGGGUGGCGGGUCCGUGGACAGCCAGGUGAGGCACCACAGCGCCGAGGAUGAUGAGGAGGAGGAUGAGCGGGAGCGGGAGCGGGCACCGCACCAGGGAAAUGGCCAGUACCAAGUGCACGAGGAUUACGAUGAGGGAAAGGACGAGCAGGCGGAGGAGGACGAGGAGGGUGGGGGUCACCAGGAGUACGAGGGCAGCAGCGAGGAAGGAUAUGACGAGGCAGAUGCUCACAGUCAGCAGGAGGAGUCCAGUGGCGAGGACUACUAGACUCGAAGAAAAACCUAUUAAUUAUAUUUCAUUUAUUGUGAUAAAUUACAAAUAAAAUAUAUAAUCAUAU